AUGUCGACAGUGACUCUCCAGUGUGUUGGGAAGUCUUCUGGCCCUCGGGCUAGUACAAUUCUUGUUGCACGAGGCAGUAUACGUCAAUCGCACAUUUCAUCAUCACCUAAGCAAAAACGAUUUGCAUCUACCUUGCAAGUGCCUGCGAAUAGCAGAGCCCAUGUUACUGCUCCUCUUCCUCCCCUCUCGGCUCUUCCCACCAAAGUACUUCUCAGAUCACUACUAGUUUCCACCAUCUCUUCCAAACCUCUUCUCCUCGGCCCCUCUCUCUGGCUCAUCUCCAUUCUUUCCAAACCGAACAGAGGCUAUCUUUUGAACGUGGACACUAAUCCUAUUUUGCACUGGAUUUUGAAAAAGACAUUCUAUGAACAAUUUUGUGCGGGCGAAAGCGAUGCCGAGACAAGAACUACAGUUCGUGAACUGAAGGACAUGGGGUUCCGCGGUGUGAUUAUGACUUACGCUAAGGAGACGGUGUUCGAUCACCGUACAAAUACUCAGAAUGGGCUCGGUAUUGCCGCGCUGGAAGCAGAAAAGACCAUUGAGCCUCUAAAUCCUAAAGUUGCUCACUGUACGAACACAGAAGCAUGGCGAAAGGGAACCCUCAAGACGGUAGACCAGCUUGCUGAUGGUGAUUAUUUAGCUGUGAAAAUGACCGGAGCCGGUCCCGUCGUUACCGACGCCUUCUCCAAAGGCGAAUUACCACCUACUCAAAUGCUCCAAGCCCUCGACGAAAUCUGCAGCCGCUGUAAAGAUCGCAACGUCCGCAUCCUUGUCGAUGCAGAAUCACACCACUUUCUGUCAGGCAUCCUCCGCGUGACCCUCGACCUGAUGAGGAAGUACAACCACGACGGACACGCCCUGAUCUACAACACAUACCAAGCCUACCUCAAGAGCACCCCAGCUACCAUCGAAAAGCAUCUCACAGCAGCACAGAAAGAAGGAUUCACCCUCGGACUGAAACUAGUCCGCGGCGCCUACAUCGCCUCCGACGAACGUGCCCUGAUCCACGACACGAAACAAGACACCGAUAACGCAUACAAUGGAAUUGCCCAAGGUGCGCUGAAACAAACCCUUGGCAAAUUCGGCGUGGAAACUGCCUUCCCAUCUGUGAACCUAUUCUUGGCCAGCCAUAACAAAGAGAGUGUUGUUGAUGCUCACAGGCUUCAUAAGCAGCGUACCGCUGCGGGACUACCUACUGUUCCUGUUAGAUUUGGUCAACUGCAUGGAAUGUCGGAUGAAGUUAGCUUUUCCUUGCUUCAGCUUAAGGGAAAUGAUGGUACGCCUGAGGUUUACAAGAGUUCAACUUGGGGCACUAUGGGUGAGUGCUUGGCAUACCUUCUUCGGAGGGCGAUUGAGAACCGGGAUGCGGUAAUGCGUACUAGUGAUGAGUAUAAUGCUUUGAAAGCAGAGUUCGGUCGAAGGGUUCGGGGUGCUUUCUCAUCUUCUUCUCUGAGAUAG